AUGAUUCACCACUCGCCUUCUUCCGACCCGCUUUCAGCUCCCGAAUCUCAGACACCGCCUGCCAAGCCUCCCAACCCGCAUCACCAACAACAUACUCCGAACCAACCAACCGGUAGAUACCUGCCUAUAAUCCCCUCCCUCCAGAACCACCAACAACUCACCCAACGACCUCGAAAUCUCUUCUCUCCCCCGCGUAGGUGCGGUAAAUUGGCAGACCGAGAUGUCGAAGAGCACAUUGUGAGGGACUAA